AAAAGAAAAAAGAAGAAAAAAAUUUUUCCUAAACGACUCGUCGUGUGUCGUUAAAAAAUCUCAUAAAUGCAAAAUUUUCAUACGCAUUCGCAGAGAAGCAGAGGAAAAAGAAAUGUCAGGCCUACCAGACGAGCUAUGGAGGCAAAUCCUGGAAAUCGGAAUCCGAAACUCCAAAUUCAGCUACAAAGAUCUCUGUUGCGUCUCUAUCUCCUGCAGACGUCUCCACCGAUUAUCCAGUGAGGACUCGCUCUGGUCUUACCUCCUCUUUUCAGACUUCCCUUCACCAUCCCAGCAACAAAACCCUAACAGCAACCACAGCAGUUCAACUUCACCAUCUGCAAAAUCUACCUACAGAAUCAAGUUUGAGAGGGAGAAAGACAGGAAGGUGGCGGCACAUAGGAGGGCGGUGCUUAGAAAAGAAAGUGAAAUUGUGGAGCGCGAGAGGAAGAUAAGGGAAAUAGAGACCCGAUUGCGUCUAGAGACUGAGAACAUGACAGCAGCCUCUAUCGAAUUGUCCAAUUUACACAAGGUCAGGCAAGCUUCUGUGGCUUUGAAUGUGUGGCAACCAGAGGUAGUCAGGGGUAGACAAAAGCAAAUAGUGGAGCAAUGUGUAGUUUCUGUUGAAUCUCGAGUUCAUUCACUUGAGAUGGAGCUUAAGCUUUGCAAGCAACAAAUAGCAGGGUUCAAUAAGGCCCAUAGAGAUGAGAAGCGAAGACUUGAGAAUGCAAAGGAAGAGUUAGCAUCGAUGAAGUAUCACCCUUUACAAGAUUAUAGGUUGACAAGUAGUGGGGAUAAUGAAUGUAACAAGAAGAGGAAGAAGUUGAAAAGGUGUUAAACUGUCAUAUAUUGGUUUCACUCUGUACUCUAGCACUCUAGUUGAUCUUCUCCAUCUUCCCCACCUGUGUCAAUGAAUUUAACUGUGGUGCAAGCAACACCUAAUGCACCAUCUGCCCCAAUCCAUGUUGUUGUCCUAUGGUCCUUAGUAAAAUGACCUUAUUUCUGUAUAUAUAUAUAUAUAUGCUCCAAAGUCUGAACUGUCUAAUAUUUGUAUGUAAGACAAUAAUAUAGUUGGAUCCGUAUCAUAUGAGCCAGCUAUAAUGAGACGAUAGUUAGCGACUCUGUAAUUGACAAUUCCAUCGGAACUGCUAACCUUUUAUCAUACCUAUUCCAUGGUUUGAAACUUAUUCUGGUAGAACAUGGUUUUGAAACACAUACUGAAUGCCAUUUUAAUUUUCCAGACAGUUCCUGAAAUACAACUUGAAACAUCACGAGCAGGCAUCAUGGAAGUAGUGGGCUGGCGUUGUGAUUGCUCAUUUCUAGUUGUUACAUCCAACUGUACUUUUUCUCUAAAAAGUUGCUGGAGCUGGACUUAUCUCUGCAUGCUAUUCACAAGGUCAGCAACAGCUUAUACCCAAUAGGAAGGUUAGUCCAGAAUUCGUGAGUGUGAGAAAUUAUGGCAGGUCUUGUAGCAGAAACCCAAUUUGGGCUGCUGAUGUUAAAAUUGUAUUUUGUUAUCAUAUGCAUGUACAGGAAUAGAAAAUGUUGUGCUUCCUUUGUAAUCAAUAAGAAGAAACUUGCUCUGGGUUCCCUGAUCUCCAAGAAUUUCAGGGGAUUUAUACAUUAAUAGAAUGUACAAAUGCUUAAUGAAUGUUGAUUUUCAUGGA